GCGUCAUCCUUUCCUUUAUUUCACAACAUUAAUGAUAAAUAUUAAUCCGAUAAUAACUAUAUCGUGCAUUAUUAUUCUAUUUUAUUUAUAUAUAAAAGAGAAUUUUAUUUUUGCAUCACAAUUGCAAAAUUUUUAUCAUGACAGACGCAAUGGUACGCGAACGAAUCAUCUUUUCCAUGCUACUAAUAUAUGUUAAUAACAAUUGUAAAGGUAAUUGUAAAUCUCUUGUGUAUUUUUUGUGUAUAAAGCAUAUAAAGUGGACUUUAUAAUACUUUUAACUCUUAAAUUCUGAACGGAAAAUUCAAUUUCGCGAAUAUGUGGGAGAUAUGUGUAUUAAUCAUGCUUCUUGUCAUCAAAGACUCUGAAUAUUUUUUGCUUUUGCGUGAAAUAAUGGAAAUAAGGUGGCUUUGCACGGAAAAGUAUCAUCGAAUGAAUAGAAAGCCCGAACAGAAUUCUACGAUCGUUUCUCCUACAGUCUGAAUCCUUUCACUUUUUAACCUAGUUUCCUAGUUUGUUAAACUACCAAGCUGUUCCUGACAAGCCUGCUAACAAUGAAAUUAUAUUUAUAAUUAGCAUUGUAUUAUUAAUAUCCAUUCUCUUUCGUCAUGUUUCUCGUUUUCCUCUUUGGAGCUAAAUUAACAACAGACAACUGGUUUAUAUCCAUUUUUAAUGUGAGGAAAUCAUCUUAUUUUAUAUUCUGAAUUGAGUUUUGCGCAUAAAGGUACCUUCUCCAUGAUUACAUUAUCAGUUUCGCUACAUCUCUAUUUCGUCUUUAUGCACGUAUUUUUUAUGUCUACAUCAAUGGAGAGACGAAUGACGUAUGCGGAGAAUGAUCAACAGAAAUCCUUGACGCUCCCUGACCAUUGCUCACGAGCACCUUGCUUCUGUCACGGUUUACUUUCGAGCGGAAUAAGGCGUGGGCGGAUUAUCGCGUAACUUUGCUUAAAACAGUUUUCACUAAUUUUUCUAAUUUUGGUAAUCAAGUCGCGGGGCAUCAAGCAUGAGGACCUCGUGGAUGAUUGUUCUUUUCGUCACCGCGAUUAUCGCGGUGCACGCCAAGCCCACGAUUUACAAGAAAAACGAGGACAACGUUUUCGAGCCAGUAAUGAUACCCGUAUCAUCCACGGUAAUUCCACUGCCUGUGUACAAAGUAGGAUACGGCUUAGGUUUCAUAUCGAAAGAUAAGAAGGCUCAAUCAUCGUCGAAACCAGAAGGUGGCAUAAAACUGAUAACCAUCAAGAAGACCCAGGAAAAAAAGACGUAAAAGUAUCGCUAAAUUGCAUUUUAUUAGAUGUAUCGAAGUGUUCGACAUUUUCAAUUCUACACACUCCGAGACAUCAUUGAUCGCUUCGAGUGAUUAUCUGAAGCAAGAGGGAUCAAUUUACACCAGCCAAGGAAGCCGCAGUCACGUCGCUGCGUGGUAACGUUCGGCCAUACGUUGAAAGCCGACUAAGAAAGUCAUUCUCUCAGCUUGAACAAGUUCCGUCCCACGUAUAGUUACGAAGCUUCGCACCAAAAAGUAACAUACCUCUAAUCUGUUAAUUAUUAAUUAUGUUCUUAUCGAAAGUAUUAUCAUGUAAGAUUGAAUCUGACAAUUGUAAGCAGGAUUAUGUGAAAGCGCUUAUCUCCAUGUUUUAUUCGCUAGUAUAAACUAGAAUAUUCAAAUGUUUAUUUAACAAGCACACGAUAAUAUGAAAUAUUCCAAUUUAUUUUUUAUACAUUUAUUGUUAUCAACACAUAAUUAAGAAUAAUAUUCGUAUAAGAGUAUCAUGACGAUAAAUAAGAAUUGUUCAAUUCCAUUUUUAUAUCAGUAGAGCAACUCAUUUAUUGUGACGAGUAAUGAUGUUUGAGAAAGAAUGAUUGCUAUUAUGUAGCAAUAUCGGUAAGAUAUUAAAUAUUAUUAUUAACUA